GGCUAUAAGUAAUCCAAGAAACGAAGUCGUCGUAUGUAUAAAAUAAAUGAAGGUCGGUGAGGGAUAGGAUAUAAUCCGUCUUGAAAAACGUUUUCCAGCACACCAGUUUGCUUUCUCUACGAAACUUUGCUUCCCCGCAAACCCUAGCCCCUCUCUCUCUCGCUCGCUCUCGCGCUGAUCUAUCUGUGUUCUCGACAAGUUGAAUUUGAGAUCGCGUUCCGAAUCUGUGGCCAUGGCUUCCGGAUCUUCGGGUCGCAACAGCGGCGGUUCGAAAGGGUUCGAUUUCGCCGCCGACGACAUCCUUUGCUCCUACGACGACUACGCCAAUCAGGAUGCCGCUCGCUCCGAUGCCGCGAUCGCCUCCAACUCGGCUAAGGAAUUCCAUAAAAGCAGGAUGGCAAGAUCUUCAAUGUUCACUGCUCCUGCCUAUAGUCCACCAGAAGAAUCUUUUAACCAAGAUUUGGUGUCUUCUGUUGAAAAAACCAUGAAGAAACACACUGACAAUCUCAUGCGUUUUCUUGAAGGAAUUAGUUCGCGUUUGUCACAGCUGGAAUUGUAUUGUUAUAAUCUUGAUAAAUCUAUUGGGGAAAUGCGUUCUGAUUUAGUUCGUGAUCAUGAGGAGUCAGAUUCGAAGCUUAAAUCUCUUGAGAAGCAUAUCCAAGAAGUUCACAGGUCUGUACAAAUUCUAAGAGACAAGCAGGCACUUGCAGAAACACAGAAAGAACUUGCCAAGCUUCAGCUUGCACAGAAAGAGUCCUCUUCCACAAGUCAUUCUCAGCAGAAUGAGGACAGAGCUCCACAACCAGCUUCAGAUCCUAAAAAGAAUGAUAAUUUACCGGAUAUGCAUGGCCAACAAUUAGCUCUUGCUCUACCCCAUCAAGUUGCCCCACAGCCUUCAAUGCCUGCCAGGCCUCUGGAGCAGCAGCCGCAGCAGCAGCAGCAGCAGCAGCCUAUGACACCGUCUCCACCUCAAAGUGUGCCCCAAUCACAGGCAUACUAUUUACCGCCAACCCAGAUUCCGAAUCCCCCAGCCCCAGGCCAGCCAUCUCAGGGUCAGUAUCUUCCAUCGGAUUCUCAAUAUCAAACUCCCCAAAUGCAAGAGACCUCCAUGGUUCCAGCAGCACCAACACCGUCUCCAGUAAAUCAGCCACGACCCUUCCCCCCAUUACCCCUAUACCAGCAGCAGUGGUCACAACAAUUGCCCCAGCAGGUCACACCACCACAAACAUCUAUGCAACCCCAGAUCAGGGGGCCGACCACAACGGUUUACACUCCUUACCUGCCAAGUCAAUCCGCAAACUCCUCUCCACCGGAGCCACUUCCUAUCAGUAUGCCAAUGCAAGUGUCGUAUUCAGGAAUUUCUCAACCAGGUGGAAGCCGAGCAGAAGCAAUGCCUUACGGAUAUGGUGGGCUUGGCAGAACUGUUCAGCAGCCGCCACAGCCUCAGCAGCAGCUUGAGAGUAAUUUUGGAGGUCAGCUGAACGAUGGAUACCCUCCUUCUGGUUCACAUCCUUCCCUCUCCCCUGGGAAUGCUUAUAUGAUGUACCAAGGUCCGAGUGAAGGUGGCCGGGCACACCAUCCACCCCAACCACCACACUUCCCAAAAGGCGGUUAUCCACCAACAAGCGUUCCCAUUCAGGGACCGCAGCCACCAAGUGCUGCUGCUAAUCUUAUGGUUCGGCCACCUUCCUUCAUGCGCAAUCACCCCUACGGUGAGCUGAUCGAUAAAUUGGUGACCAUGGGUUACAGGGGCGAUCAUGUCGGUAGCGUGAUUCAGAGGCUGGAGGAGAGUGGACAGCCUGUGGAUUUCAAUGCCGUACUCGACAUGUUGAAUGGGCAUCCAUCUGGGGGGGGUCCUCCGAGAGGAUGGUCAGGGUAAGCCAUUCUUAUUUAUCCCCCCCACCCCCAAAGUCGUCCAUUUUUAGUGACCACUCUUACCCCGUUUUAGCUUCUUGCGUGCCAAAUAAAAGUCAAAUUGUAAUUUGAAGAAGAUAUUCUGUUAUAUGUAUGGAUUGAGUGAUGUAAGAAUCCUUGUGUAUAUCGUUUUACUUCACUCUUGAGAUUUUA